AUGUCUCUCGCUAACGUCAACGAGAUCAUCCUCGUGCUCUCCGGCAAGGGAGGCGUUGGAAAAUCAAGCGUUACUACACAGCUGGCUCUUACCCUAUCACUGAGAGGACACUCUGUUGGGAUUCUAGACAUCGAUCUCACUGGACCCUCUAUGCCGAGAUUCCUUGGCAUUGAAUCUUCGAAGGUCAAGCAAGCACCAGGCGGCUGGCUUCCUGUGCCUGUGCAGGAAAGCAGAGACACGAUUUCAAGCACAUCAGACAACAACAAGCCUAUCGGAUCUCUUCACUGCAUGUCGCUAGGCUUCCUUCUUGGCAGUCGAAACGAUGCAGUGGUCUGGCGUGGACCCAAGAAGACAGCUAUGGUCCGCCAAUUUCUUUCGGACGUUCACUGGGGCAAACUGGACUAUCUUCUAAUCGAUACACCUCCUGGUACCUCAGACGAACACAUCUCACUCGUGGAGACUCUUAUGAAGAACGCAGCCCCUGGCCAAGUCUCUGGAGCUGUGGUCGUGACCACACCACAAGCAAUCAGUGUCUCCGAUGUAAGGAAGGAGAUCAACUUCUGCAAGAAGACUGGCAUAGACAUUCUAGGUGUUGUAGAGAACAUGGCUGGUUUUGUGUGCCCUAACUGUGCGGAAUGCACCAACGUCUUUUCAAAGGGUGGUGGAGAGGUCAUGGCCAAAGACUUCAGUGUUCCCUUCCUUGGCAGUGUGCCCAUAGACCCGGCCUUCAUUGCUCUCAUCGAAGAGGGAAAACGACCAAGCUACCCAGAAGGCACAAUUAUUGCUGGUCAGGACGUAUCUGCGCAAACGAAUGUGCCGGAGAACGACACUGGAUCUUUGGUUGAGAAAUACCAGAGUUGCUCUUUGUUCACAAUAUUUGAUGGUAUCGUUGGGCAGCUACUCGCCAACACCCAGCCUUGA